GGCGCCGCACUCUUUUCCGCUUCGCCACCAAUAAAGAAGACCCAGCGGAGCUUCGCGGGUCAAUUUUUCUAAAACUUGUUUGGCAGAAUCCGAUUUAUAUCGGAGCCAUCCUAACAGUAAUCAUGACGGUCGGAAAGAGCAGUAAGAUGUUGCAGCACAUCGACUUCCGGAUGCGCUGUAUCCUGCAGGACGGACGAAUAUUCAUUGGCACGUUCAAAGCCUUCGACAAACACAUGAACCUGAUCUUAUGUGACUGUGACGAGUUCAGAAAGAUCAAACCCAAGAACUCCAAGCAGCCCGAACGUGAAGAGAAGAGGGUGUUGGGUUUGGUUUUGCUUAGAGGAGAGAAUCUCGUUUCUAUGACUGUUGAAGGUCCUCCACCCAAAGAUACUGGCAUUGCCCGCGUACCCCUGGCAGGAGUUGCUGGAGGUCCAGGUGUUGGCAGGGCUGCAGGUAGAGGCGUGCCAGCAGGCGCUCCAAUGGCGCAGGCUCCCGCAGGUCUGGCCGGACCUGUUAGAGGAGUUGGUGGUCCAUCACAACAGGUCAUGACCCCUCAGGGAAGAGGCACAGUCGGAGCUGUCACCGCAGGUGCCAGUAUAGCUGGUGCCCCCACACAGUACCCGCCGGGCCGAGGUGGGCCUCCUCCCAUGGGCAGAGGAGCACCUCCCCCAGGUAUGAUGGGACCUCCUCCAGGCAUGCGGCCACCAAUGGGACCUCCGAUGGGAAUGCCUCCCGGCCGUGGCGCACCAAUGGGAAUGCCCCCUCCUGGCAUGAGGCCGCCACCACCUGGAAUGAGAGGACCACCUCCUCUAGGAAUGCGUCCACCCAGACCUUGAAUCUCCUCACUGGAUAUGGAUGUUUGAAAUGUUUAACUUGUAUAGGAAGUCUUGGCUGCAAGUUGUUGUAUAGUUUCAAGUUAAUUUUGUAUUUUUUUUUUUUUUAAUAAAAUGUCUUGAGGACAAUGUUUUA